AUGGGGGAAGCCACAUGGAUACUGAGGAUCAAUAUAUUUGUCAGUGUGUUUCUUGUGAUUCGACCUUCGGAGUUCCCUUCGUUCUUCGAUGACGAUGAUUUGAAGGACUUGGGCGUAAAAGGACACAAGUCCCAAUACAAUCCACCUACAGCAACAGGACGGUCUACAGACCAUGGUCCAGGGUACGUCCCUGCCCCUCGGAAUGAUGAAAAUACUGCCAUCAUACCUCCGAACGGACUGCCUGUUCCAUACAAGCCACCGCAAAUGUUUAAAAAGAAACCUUUCAAUCCUUAUGGUCGAAGCGAUCCUAAAGACCAAAAUAUUAUCCAACAAAUGGAAGAAGAAGAAGGGGAAGCAAUAUUCCCUGAGGAUGAUGGCAAAGCGUUCGGAGGGGAUGACUUCACCGAUUUAGAUCAACUGCCGAAAAGAUUGACUGACGCUGGCAAGUGGGAUGAAUUCAGAAAACUAGUAGCUAUGGAAGGGGAGAAAUAUAAAGACGGGGAAAUUAUGGAAAAUUGGGAAGAUGAUGCACAUAUGUGGGCUGGUUAUUCUAAACAUCUUUUACAGAGAUCUGCUCAUCAGGAAGAGAAAAAAGCUAUUGGCCGAAUGAGGGCAAAUUUGCCGGUUGGCAGUCCAAGUCAUGGGCUCUCAGCAUAUUGGGGCGACAAUGAAGAAGAAGAAAUCCCUAAGGGUCCGGUUAAUCCUUCACAGGAACCCACUAAUCAGGCGAGUCCAUGGGAGCAAUCUCCAGCCGAAGUUGAAAGGUUUGACUUCCAGAAAUACGGCGUUCAAGAUCCCAGCGAGCCUAAACCACAGACUGGGGGCCCAGGUCCAGGGAUGCCUUUCGGUCCAGCCAUGGGCCAAAGCCCUGGAAGUGGUAUGAAUAUGGGUGGACCUCCUCCUUGGGCACAAGGUGGGGUUCCACCAAGAGGUCCCCAUCGGGCUCCCGUUGAACCAGGUGGCUUUCCGCCCACAGGGAUGAAACAGGGUGGUCAGGGAGCAAGUGGUAUUUUCUUGGGUGGUGCUCCACCCCCUGGAUGGCAUCCCGGUAAAGCUCCUGGGGGUAUGAGUGUGGGUUUGCCCCCUACUGCACAAUCUCAGGGAGCUAGCGAGGGAACGAACAUGGAAGGAAUUCCUCCUGGCAUGGCUCAAGCUGGACCACAUGGUGGAGGAAUGAGUAUGAAUAGACCACCUCCGGGAUGGGGUCAAACUGGGGGUCAAUUACCGGGUGGGGGUAUUAAUAUGGCUGGACCACUUCCUGGAGUGGGUCAAGGUGCGGGUCGUAUACCUGGUGGGGCAAUGAGCAUGAACGGACCACCUACGGGAUGGGGUCCAGGUGGGGGUCAAAACCCUAGCGAGGGUAUGGAUAUGGACCGACCACCAGCUGGUUGGGGUCAAGGUGGGAGUCAAGGCCCUGGUGGGGAAAUGAGUAUGGAUGGACCACCCCCGGGAUGGGGUCAAGAUGAAGAUCAAGAUUCUGGUGAGGAAAUGAGCAUGGAAGAACCACCCCCGGGUUGGGGCCAAGAUGAGGGUCAAAGCCCUGGUGAGGAAAUGGGCAUAGAUGGACCACCCCCUGGAUGGGGUCAAAGUGGAAGUCAAGGUCAAGAUACGAAUAUGAAGGGACCACCUCCAGGAUGGGGUCCAAGUGGAUUUCAGGGCCCUGGUGGAAAAAUGAGUAUGAAUGGACCACCUCCAGGAUGGGGUCAAGGAAUGGGCCAAGGCCCUGGCCGAGGUAUGGGCAAGGGUGGACCUCCCCCUGGAUUAGGUAAAGGUAGGCUCCCUGUGCCUGGUGGUGGCAUGAAGGGUCAAUUACCGGGUGGGGGUAUUAAUAUGGCUGGACCACUUUCUGUAGUGGGUCAAGGUGCGGGUCGUAUACCUGGUAGGGCAAUGAGCAUGAACGGACCACCUCCUGGAUGGAGUCAAGGCGGGGGUAAAUUUCCUGGUGGUGGUAUGAACAUGGGCGGACCACCCAAGGGGUGGGGACAAAGACCUGGACCUGGUAUUAAUAUGGGUGGCCCUCCUCCAAACUGGAGACAAGGUGGAGUUCCGCCAAGAGAUCCUAGCCUUGGUCGUGGCAUUCCCAAGAGUGGAAUGUCUAGUUUUGGACCAGAUGUGCCGAAUCCUUUAGGUGGUUUAGGCCAAGGUGGAGUUGCACCAAGAGGUCCUAAGAGCCUGGAUUUUAGUAUGCCCAGGAGUCUAUUGUCCGGUUAUGGACAAGGAGGGCCCUAUCCUUCAGGUGGUUUAGGCAAAGGUGGACUUCCACCAAGAGGUCCUGGCCUCGGUCGUGGCAGUCCCAAGAGUGGAUUGACCAGUUUUGGACCAGGUAUGCCGAAUCCUUUAGGUGGUUUUGGCCAAGGUCCACCACAACCUCAGGGUCUGGUGGGACAACCCAUGAAGAUGAAUCGACGACAAAUGGAAGAAGAUAUGCCAGAAUAUGGUAAUACAGACGACAAUCUAAUGGGUCCACUGGAUCGUUCACUACCCCCUGCAUCGACGGUUUAUCACAAGGGUAAUAACCCAGAUCUACCAGAAGAUAGGUUACCAACAGCUCAAGAUGACAGAUGGAUGCUUCCUGGACAAGAACAGCCUGAACCAACACAAUCUAACGAAUUGGAGUUGGAUGACUUGAAGCGAUUACAACCUCGGCCUAAUAUGGCGGGAUCUUUCGUUUUGAGUGAACCUGUUAAUACCCAUCCUGUCUUUGAUAUGAAUGCGCGUCCUGAUAGUAUGCCAGUCCAUUCGGGAGGUAGGAUGCCCGGACCUGGCUCUGAAAGGGAUUUUCCAAACGGCUACAUCCCACAUGAACCUACUCCGCUACAAAUGUACCAGAAUAUCAUGCAUUCAGCUCAAAAUGACGCUAGCCAAGAACGGGUUAACGCACCGUUUGGUUCAAACUACCCUAAAUCUAUGGCAGAAGCUCUAAGAGGUGUGAAUAUCCCAGGAGUAGGUGAUUUUACAGAUGCAAAUCCGGAAAUGCAAAAGGCGCUAAGAAUGGGAGGACCUGGUGGAUUUCAGGGUCCAGGUGGACCCGGUUCCGAGAGUAAUUCUAGGGUAGCUAGGGGGAACGCAAAGAGGGGUCCUCCGGGUGUUGGUUACAAUAACUGGGGUAGCUCGGUAAUGCAGGUUCGCACUCCAAUCAUCGAACCUCACCCUCGACCCGGUAUGGACCGUGCCCGCUACCCGGAAUGGAAGCAAAACGAUGAGCUACCAGAAUAUCAAGAUAGCCCUAAAGGUGGUCAACAAGGGGCUGGGCAGAGUCCAGUUGGUUCGUCAGGUUUUAGCCCUCCAGGAGAGCCAGCCUUUCAACCCCCUGGGAUGGAUGACGGUGAGGGCUUGGAAUUGCCCCAAGGAAUGCAUUUAGGCCCAAUAUCGGGUAAAGAUAGGCCACCACCAGAGGCAGCCUAUCCGGAUGACUCGGACAUUCCCAGUUCUGUUUUAGAAAAACUAGCUUUGAGACAAAAACCUGCACCAAAAUUGAGUGCGGCCGUAAAAACGGCGAUAAAAUACUCAACCCCGGAACAAGAUCAAGGUGGAUUUAAGCCUAAGAAUAGAAAUCUGCCCAGUGGAUAUGGAUUGAUGCAAAUAGCACAGCAAAAAGUUACAGCGCAAGACCACAACACGCAGCUUCGAGAGCGAGCGCCGUUGGUAACAACAACACCACAUGUAAGAUAAUUUCAUUUUUAAACUAUUCGAUUCAUUUAAUAAAUAAUGUCGUAUACAUCAAUGACUGUUGGUGAAGGAAAAUAUCGUUGAGGAAACCAGUACUUUAAAUCCUGAAAUCCAAAAUUCACCUUAUGAAAGAGUAGUGAUUAACGUGUGAGAAGAAUCCUGUGCCCAAAAACGGAAUAGUUAAAAGGCUGAUGAUGAUGAUGAAUUUUGUUUAUUAUAGAAAAACAAUAGAAAGUCGAUGAGUGAAUGAUGCAGUUAAUUUGAAAUUCUGGAAAAUAAUAAUGAUAUUUAUCAUCAUCAUUAUGCCCUUAUCCCAAUUUCAUUUGGGGUCGGCGCAGUAUGUUUUCUCCUUCCAUACUCUUCUAUAUGCCGUCAUCUCCGGUAAAAUAAUAAUGAUAUUCUGAUAGUAAUAAAUAAUGUAAUUCAUGACUACAGGUACCAACUAAAGAAGAAAUAUUGAAGGGUUUGCCUCUAUACGUAAGUCGAAGGAUUUUUGUUAAUAAAAACAAUGGAGCGUCUUUUGGACUUAAAAACAGAAAUUAUGAAUAUUGGGCCGUUCACAGUGUUAUGUACCUAUGUAAGUCAGUGUUAUGUAUGUGAUUUAAGACUGCAACAUAUUUUUACAGGAUGAUUUUACUGCACCAAUACGUUGGGUGACAUUAAAUUCGGUAAGUUCCUAUCAAAUUAUUAGAAAAAAAAAUUUUUUACUUUGUUCAGAACAUCAUAAUCGGCUUAUCAUAACCAAUGUGCUAACAAAGUGCGCCACUGUCUGUCAGUCUGUUCGCGACUAACUCCAAAACUUCUUUAAAGAAAUAUUCAUAAGGAGGAUAUUCUGAGGUUUAUGUAUAUUCCAUGCUUCACUGGUAGUGGAUCGUAAAUAUAUAUUUUAUUUUAUGUUUUAUAGGCAGAUACAAGAGAUGGUUUGGCCCGUGUCAUGGUAAAGUAUCAACUUUAAUGUAUUAACAAAAAAAUAUUCAUUAACAUGUAUAAUUAAUGACUUAAAAUAUAAGUAUGUACCUAUAUAAUCAAAAUUUUGCUCCCUUCAGGAUAGAAAAACACACAAAAAUCAACAAUAUUUAAUAGAGGUAAGUUAAGCCAUGUAAUAACCGACAGUCAUAGUAUGAGCAUGUGAUACGGAGGAAGAGAAUCAUGUUGUGAGGAAGGUGAUGAGCAUGAAUGAGGAUGGAUGUAUAUAGCUGCGGAAAAGUUGGUAAAGAGUGACUCACGCAUUUUUUCCUUCUGGUUUAGUCGCUUUAGCAAGCAGGUUGCUAAACCUUAAGAACAGUUAUUAUAAUACUUUUUAUUUAUCCUACAGGGAGAACUGUAUGUACCUAUUGUUGAUGAAAGUAUGUCAAGAUUAGGUUGGACGACAGAAUCCUUGAACAUGACAGCCACAGAAGCACCAAUUAAGGCGCCCAAGGUGGAAUCAGCUAUUAAAGUAGUGUUAAGAAC